UAUUGUUCUUUGCCCAACCCUAGGAAUGUCCAUUUCGAAUCUGUAAACAUGAAGAAUGUCCUUCACUGGUCAGCACCAGAAGGCACAGGAGAUGAAGUACUCUACAAGGUGAAGUAUUCAGUAUACGGUGUUGGGAAAUGGAUUAGAAAGCCAGAAUGCAGGAAUAUCAACAGAACAUGGUGUGACCUCUCCAAUGAGACCUCUGACUACGAAGAACAAUACUAUGCGAGCGUUAAAGCCUUGCUAAAUGGGAUGUGCUCUGACUGGAUGGAGACCACACGAUUCAACCCUCUUACAGACACUAAAAUUGAUCCACCCAUGGUAAGUGUAUCUUCUACUGAGAAAUCUAUUUCAAUCAUGCUGACUGCUCCUGAGAAGUGGAAGAGAAGUCCUGAGGAAGAAUCUGUAUCUCUGCUUCAAGUGUACCCGGGCCUGCAAUACAACGUGUCUGUCCUCAACAGAAAAACGAAGAAGCGGUGGUUCUUCUCCAUCAGCAACAACACCUUGGUUGUGCCCUGGUUAGAACCUGGAACAGCUUAUUGUGUCAGUGCACAGAUACAUGUCACCACACCACUUUUGCACAGUGGAUUCUCCAAAGAAUAUUGCAUUGUGACCUUGCAAGAUAAAACAGCAGAUGAGACUAUAACAACCGUAUUUGGAUAUGUUCUGCCUAUCAUGCUGGUUGUCCUUUUUAUUUCAAUGACAUGCUAUUAUGUGCACAGGUAUAUUCAUGUCAGCAAACAGAAACAUCCAACAAAUCUGGUAUGGCGCCACACCGACAAAUGCAAGGACAUGGUUUUCAUACCACGUGAAAAAAUAGCGGUCAACCUUAUCACUGUUAACGUGGAUGAGGACAAGCCAUCUCAAGAAUCCAGUCAUCUAUCAGAAAGGAAAAGUCCUCGUUACUACACUGUUUACAGUGGCACCGAAGGGAAGGAUUUGCCUUUCAAAGAAGUGCUGGAAACAAAACAGCUGCUUGAUAUUUCACAUGAAGAGGAUAUUGUAGCAGAACAGGACCAAACGGGGAACUGGCCAUCUUGUGGCCAGGCUGGGACAAAGAAUACUUUGAGACUGAAAAGUGCAGAGACUGUAGAGUAUGAACAUGAUAUAAGGGCUGAAGACUUCAGUCUCAGUCAGAAAAUAGAGGAGAAGAAUCCUUGCCCCACAACACUAUUAGGUGAGCCACAGAUUGUUUUGGGGGACUUGUUUAAUAUGAAAACAGGACAGCCAUAUUGUCCCCAGCUAGAGGUCGGGGCAGCAGACCCUUAUUUGGGACAGAAAAAAAAGGAAUUUAAUUUGAAUAUGGUUGAUGUAGCAGAUGAAUUGCUGGGUGAGACUCAUAUCAACUUGGUGGACUUGGAUACUGAAAAAUCUGGGCAGACAUCCUAUCCUCAUCUGGAAAAAAUAGCACAGGUCCUCACAGAGAAAGAGCAUGAACAGACCAUAUUAGUAGAUUGGGAUCCUCAGACUGGAAGACUGUAUAUCCCUAUCUUGCCCAGUGUUGAAGAUCAGAUGUGUGAAGGACUGCUCAAGGGUGAUGAUGUUGGCAAAGGAAUUUUGUCUAGACUGUAUAAGAAAGAGGUGUCUGGUGAAUCAUCGGAGGACCAAGAGAUGUAUCUCUUGCAAUUCAAGGAACAAUGGGAACUGCGUGUAGAGAUGGAAGACUGA